CGGCGCACGGUGGCUUCUCCACAUAAUGGCGCUGCUAUACCUACUGAGAACCUUCGUCGGGUAUCCUAGAACAGUUUUAGUUUCGUUCAACGCUGUUCACUAGGCUAAUGGGGAAAUAAAGAUGUUAGGAAAGAAUUAAUGAAGCCAAGUAAAUAAUCUACAAUCGAAUCAUGUGAAUCGUCAGCGUUGUUAAAAAUUAUGAACCAAUGCCAAUGCACAUAUCUUUGUCAUAAAAGUGAUUUAAUGUCAUUUCAUUCGAUUCCAGAACAUUUAACUCUAACAAUCCUCGUGCUUUCCUGAAGUACGCAGAUACAACGGAGUAGUAGCAUCCACGUACGCUACCACCUAUACCUAGCACUAAGAUUUAGUUCCGCUACUCCUAGAGGCGAGAAACAUGGCCUCUGUUGCAGCUUGGCUGCCUUUCGCCCGAGCGGCUGCGAUAGGAUGGGUUCCCAUUGCUAACAACCCUCUGCCUGCACCACCGAUUACAAAACAAAAAGAAGGUAGACAGGAUGAAAAAUUUACCAUCAACGUCAGCGGUUGCAAGUUCGAAACUUGGAGGAAUACAGUGGAAAAAUAUUCCGAUACACUGUUAGGAUCAAAUGAGAGAGAAUUUUUCUACGACGAAGAAAAUCAAGAAUACUUCUUUGACAGAGAUCCUCAUCUAUUUCGCCACGUCCUGAAUUACUACCGAACGGGAAGGUUGCAUUUCCCGAAAUAUGAGUGCCUCAUGGCUUUCGACGAGGAGCUGGCUUUUUUUGGGAUUAUUCCAGAUGUUAUCGGCGAUUGUUGUUACGAGGACUACAGGGACAAGAAACGGGAGAACGUCGAACGAAUCAUGGACGACAAGUUAUCAGAGGUCAAUGAACAAGUUGAUACUUCCAACUAUACGAUAAGGGAGAAGAUGUGGCGGGCCUUUGAGAACCCCCACACCAGCACGGCGGCUUUGGUGUUUUAUUACGUAACGGGGUUUUUCAUUGCGGUGUCCGUGAUGGCCAACGUGGUGGAGACUGUUCCGUGUGGGUUCAUACCUGACCAAGAAGAUUCUCUCUCAUGUGGAGAGACAUACAAGAUCGCGUUUUUCUGCCUGGACACUGCCUGCGUGCUGAUGUUCACGGCUGAAUACCUGUUGCGUUUAUAUGCAGCGCCUAGCAGGUGCCACUUCAUGCGAAGUGUCAUGUCAAUCAUCGAUGUCGUGGCGAUCCUUCCUUACUAUAUCAGUCUCGGUCUCACCGAUAACGAGGACUUGUCCGGAGCUUUCGUUACGCUGAGAGUUUUCCGGGUCUUUCGGAUUUUCAAGUUUUCCCGUCAUUCACAAGGACUUCGUAUCUUGGGGUAUACCUUACAGAGCUGCGCUUCAGAACUGGGGUUUCUAGUCUUCUCAUUGGCCAUGGCCAUCAUUAUUUUCGCUACGGUUAUGUUUUAUGCUGAGAAAAACGUUGAUAAAACUAACUUCACUAGCAUUCCAUCAGCUUUCUGGUACACUAUCGUUACCAUGACGACCUUAGGGUGCCCAUUCGCAUUCUCAAUGUCGGUUCCACGUCAUCGAAUUUAAGUAUGAAUAGGUUUAGGC